GUUGUUUUAUAAUACUUUUUAUAAUCCUUAAACGCGUUUAUAUUGCUAAGCUCUGCAACAACUCUGUCUUCAACUGAUUUACCUAAAUCAAAGAAAUUUGGAUGACCAACUAACCAUUUUCCUGACCGUCCACCAUGGAUCAGUUCUUGCUUAGCUUACUCACGCUCGGCUUGUUCAUUUCUUUUACUUAUGCUCAACAGAACUAUUCAGCAAAUUCUGCACUGGACUGCAACAGCAGUGAUGAGACAGGACCAUCUCCAGCAUUUCUCUAUACUUGCAAUGGCCAAAACAGAACUUGUCAGGCUUUUCUCAUCUUUAGAUCUCGACCUCCUUAUGACUCGGCGCCUACCAUCUCAGCUCUAACGUCCGCAAGCCAAGAGGAGCUAGCAAGAUUCAACAACGUUACAGGGUUAUCCGAGUUCCCUCUCAACAAAGAGGUAAUUGUUCCCGUAUCUUGCUCUUGUUUAGGCCAAUACUACCAGGCCAACACUUCAUUUCAAGUCGCCAGUGACCAUAGUUAUUUUACCAUAGCAAGUCAAACUUACGAGGGACUCUCUACUUGUGCUUCUCUUAAGAAAGCAAAUACAUAUGGUGAGUUUGAUUUGGCGCUUGGUGCAGAACUUCAAGUACCACUUCGAUGUGCUUGUCCUACUGCGAGCCAAGUUCGGAAUGAAACAAAGUAUCUACUUACUUUUCCUAUUAGCGAGAGUGAUCAUAUUGCUGCUAUUGCUGAAAGAUUCAAUGUAAGCAAAGAGAGUAUAAUUGAUGCGAAUGGUUUGAGAGAAUCCCCAACAAUUUAUCCUGACACAACAAUUCUCAUACCCUUGACCACCGAACCUUCGAAUUCCCAAACCAUAAUUCACGAAAACCCAACAGAGGUUUCGCCUCCUCUAGCUUCUCCUCCUGAUAAUAGAAGAUCGAAGAGAAAACUUUAUGAAAAAGUUGGGAUUACAGCAGCUUGUUCUCUGUUAGUCCUCAGUAUAAUUGUAGUCAUACUGUUUCUGCUUCGCAAAGAUAGAAGACACAAGUUUCCAGAGAUCAAUCGCAGAAGAGAGCAGGAAGAUCUUCGUCUCGAGAUUGCAAGUGUUGAGCAAGUCCUGAAAGUUUUUGGACUUGAAGAGGUAAAGAAAGCAACUGAAAAUUUCAGUUCCAAACACAUAAUAAAGGGUUCUUUGUACUGGGGCGAGUUUAAUGGGCAGAUCUUAGCUAUUAAGAAGAUGAAUAGAGAUGUAUCUAAGGAAGUGAACAUCUUGAAGAGGAUCAACCACUUCAAUUUGAUUAAGCUUCACGGCGUAUGCGAGAAUCUGGGAUGUUUCUAUCUAUUUUUUGAGUACAUGAAAAAUGGUUCUUUACAAGAAUGGCUGUCCAGAGAAAGGUUUGAAGAUGUCGGAAGCUGGAAUCAGAGGAUUCAGAUUGCUUUAGAUAUUGCUAACGGACUAUUCUAUCUUCACAGCUUUACUGAACCUGCCUGUGUGCACAAGGACAUCACGAGCGGCCACAUUCUACUAGACAACAAUCUAAGGGCCAAGAUAGCAAAUUUCAGUCUUGCACGAGCAGCAGCAAAUGCUGUCCUGACAAAACAUAUUGAAGGGACUAGAGGUUAUAUGGCGCCAGAGUACGUACAAGCAGGACAAGUGACUCCCAAGAUUGAUGUUUAUGCUUUUGGAAUCGUCUUACUGGAACUGAUUACGGGGAAAGAUGCUGUUUUUAUGCGGGAUGGAAAGGAAACACUGCUUUCGAAAGCCAUAUUUUCUGUAAUGGAGAAAGAAAAUGCAGAAGCUGAGCUGGCUUUCUUCAUCGAUCCUAGUUUCACUGGAGGUCGCCAGAGUAAGCUGGCUCUACGCCUCGCCAGAGUAAGCUUAGCCUGCUUGACACAGGUACCAGCUAGGAGACCCAGCAUGGGGGAAGUAGUGUCGACUCUGGUGAAAAUUCAGACGGAAUUGGCAAAAUCUGAAUCACUGAAUGUCAACUCCAUUGAUGUAGCAGUUCCAGUAUGGUGUUCGUCAAUAGGUGAAAACGAUUGGCGAGCUGAAGCUAUUUCAAAGUAGUAGUUACUUGUACAUUUACCAACUACUUAUAUAAUUUACCAAAUUAGGUAACAAAUUCAUCUACAGUGUACACGUUUCUGCCACUACUGAGAUAAAACCUUUACUAUUUAGAUGA